AUGAGCAGAUACAUGAGCAGUAGCGAUGAGUCCGACGCCUCUGUAGCCGUUUCUACAAGUACCCAGCAAGAACAGGGAAAUGCGUCGCCGAUAGAAAUCCCUGCCGACGAGUUGGCCACGAGCGAUGAGGAGGAAGAAGCGCCCAAACCACCGCCAACGAAGAGUCAGAAAACGCCGCGUAAAUCUCCCAUGUCAAAGCCCAACACUUCAAGCCAAAGCAAGAGAAAACCUGUUAAAGUUGGUGGGAAAUGCUCCUCCGGAAACUGCAGUAAGAAAGCACUACAGGGCGGUCAGUGCUUCGAACACGGUGGAGGCUACAAAUGCUCGGAAGCAGGUUGCUCCAAGCAGGCCAAAGUAAUGGGAAAGUGUGUGUCUCAUAGCGGCGGGACUCGAUGCACCGAGCCAAAAUGCACCAAGUUAGUGAGAUUAAGAGGGCUCUGCAUCGCUCACGGAGGUGCAAACGUGUGCUCAGCUAAGGGCUGCACCAAGAACGCGCAGUCGAAAGGCAAGUGCAUCGACCAUGGGGGAGGGAAGAAAUGCUCCAAGAGGGGGUGUCACAAGCAAGUCGUGUCGAAAGGACAGUGUUUUGAACAUGGCGGAGGUCAGCAGUGCUCGCACGGAGGAUGCACAAAGCAAGUUAGGGCGGACGGAGUGUGUUUUGAACACGGCGGAGGCAAGCCGUGUUCAAUUGAAAAGUGUUUAAAACAAGCCGUGACCAAUAGCCUGUGUUAUACUCAUGGCAGGGGCGACCCGUGCGGCCAUUUGGGCUGUGUACGGGUAGCUGACUCGAACGGCUUUUGCUUUGAGCACGGCGGAACGCGUCAAUGUGCCUCUGAUGAAUGCAACAAGCGAGCCCAUACAAACGGCCUAUGUGUAGGCCACGGUGGGGGGAACGAGUGCUCGCAUCGUGGCUGUGGGAAGCAGGCACUUGGGAAAGGAAAAUGCUUUGAACAUGGCGGAGGCACCAAAUGUGACCAGGAAGGAUGCAACAAGCGAGCUCUGUCGGUUGGCAUGUGUUACAACCACGGCGGGGGCGCGCAAUGCAUGCAUCCAGGUGCACACGGUGGACCGAAGAAGUGCUCGCGUCAAGGAUGUGACAAGCGUGUCAAGUCGAAAGGACUGUGUUAUGCUCAUGGUGGGGGCACGAGGUGCUCGGAGCGAGGGUGCGAAAAGAAUCGCAAACUGGACGGCAAAUGCAUGCAACAUGCUUCAAGUAGUGCUGAUAAGUAG